AUGGCUUCGUUUUGCUGUCGGAGAGAUCUGUGCGGGUUUAUCUGUCUCAUUUUAACUUAUUUAAGCGUAUUUUACGCUGAUUACGUGGUUAUCCUGUAUGUGCUGGUUCCAGCUUACUCUGAAAGUGUUUGGGGCACUCUUCAUGGGUCUGUCUUUAAUGUUAUAUUGCUGAUGCUCCUGGCUUGUCAUACAAAAGCAGUGUUUUCUGACCCAGGUGUGGUGCCUCUACCUGAGAUGGCUAUUGAUUUCUCAGACUUGAGAUCACAGUCCAGUCGUAUGAAUGACAGGGGUUGUGAGGGCUGGACAGUCUGUAGCCGAUGUGAAACAUAUCGGCCACCCCGUGCACAUCACUGCAAAGUGUGUCAGCGAUGCAUCAGACGUAUGGAUCACCACUGCCCGUGGAUCAACAAUUGUGUUGGGGAGCUCAACCAGAAGUACUUCAUCCAGUUUCUGUUUUAUACUGGCAUGGCCAGCCUGUACUCUUUGGCUCUGGUGGUGUCUGCAUGGAUAUGGAGGAUAUGGAGUGAAAUAGAUGGGAAUGAAGAAAACGAAGGAGAGGAAGCUCCCAGCAAGCACCUAAUAUUGGCACACUACAUCAUUUUGUUAGUGGAGUCCAUUCUGUUUGGAGUUUUCGUCAUGGUGAUUUUUUAUGACCAGCUUGUUUCCAUUAUAACAGACGAAACACCCAUUGAGCAGAUGAAGAACAGGCUGAUGAAGGAUAGAACCAACAACGGCCAGUCAAUUCACACAUCACACACACGAAAACCCAAAAUCGCAUUGUUGCGGGAAGUGUUUGGGCGUGACUCUGUAUUUUGCUGGCUGUUACCCUUACAGUCUUCUUCAUCAGCUGGAGGAUUCAAUUACUCUCCUGUUCCCGAUUAUGAUGUGUAGAGAGGACUGUCACAUCAGCGUUACAUUGCAGUGUGGAUGACCGGUUGGGAGCCGGCGCAAGGACCUCAUAACUGAUGCAAUUAUGACCUCUGCUGGCUGGUUGAUGGCACCUGCACGGAGUCGAGGAAUAAUGCGUUGAUCAGGGUGUGGCUCUCCGUACACAAAGCUGAUCUGCAAAUGAACUCGCCUCAUGCAGGUGAAAAGAUGCAGUUGGUACUGCACACGUGUCGGAGGGGGCGUGUGUCAAUCUUGCUCUCAAUCAGAAGCAGAGAUCAGCAUCAGUAGAUGACUAGAUUGGGAGGAAAAUUGGGAAAAAUGCAAUAAAUAAAUAAAUAAAUAAAAUAUUAGUGUGCGUGGUGCAAGUGUGAGUGCAGCUAGACAUUUUCUGAUCACUUUCGAGUUCACAACAACACUGCUGCACCCAAUACCUAAUUCCAGUACAAUGAUGCCAGUAUGUUAGUAGCAUUCCAGUCCUGAGAAUGCUCAUUUAAAUAACAAUAGUUACUAAUUUUUUCUGGAUUCCCUACCCCUUGAGUUCCCAAUCCACUCAUUUUCCGCUACCGCUUGUACAACCCUGAUCUGAUCAAAGAGAGCCAGAUCAGUACGUGUCCCCUUCGAGAUGCUUCCAGUCUGCUGCCGCUUCUUAUCACCUGCCAGUGUAUUACGUACAUAGAGCCUUCCCUCAGACAUGACCGUCUGUGUGGACAACUGGUCAUGUCUGUAGCCCUGCUGAGAUUUGAAUUUGCAGUUUCGACACUCUGCAGUGGUGCGCUGACAUGUUAUAUUAGACUGCUUAAGCUUCUAUGAUGUGUACUCCUAUGGAAGUACCUUUGUAUUGAAGAUUGGGGUAGAGGGGGUGACUACUUGUACAGAGCAGUGUACAGAUGAUCUACAAUCAUUAAUUGUAUACUUAAUCUUUUAAUUACACAUUAAUCUCAGUCAAAAUGCUUUGAUCUUUAUAACUGGACCAAAGUAAUAUUUAUUAUUAAUGGGAUUUUUUAUUGUCUACAUGUUCUUUGUAUUAUCAAGGUUUUUUAAACUUUUUUUCAAGCAACCCACAUUUUGCCCAUGAUUUUUUUACACGACCCAGGCAACACAAUGCAUCUUAGUCACUCUGUACAACAGUGGAUCCCAACCACCAGGCCGCAGACCGGUACCGGUCCAUGGGUCAUUUAUUACCGGGCCGGUAAUAAUAAUUAGGGAUCGCUACAAGAGCAUUUAAAUUUCCAAUACUAUUUGGGUGUUAUUGUCCCCAAUCACCACUAGGUGGGAGCAGUGUCUCAUUGCAGCGAAGGAAGCUCAGGAUUCACACCGAUUUUCCAUUAUAUAGUUAUUCUAUUUUAAAUCCCCCCGCCCCCGCCGGUCAGUUAAAUUACAUCUUAUAUGAAACUGGUCCGUGGUGCAAAAAAGGUUGGGGACCACACAAGAUGUAACAUAAAGCCUCCACAAGGGGGCGUUCACAUCCAAGUUUAUUUAAUUAUUAUUAUUUUUCUCUGCGACCCAUUUCUUUCAGGCGACCCAGGGUUUGAAAAACCCUGUAUCAUACUACACCCCCAACACAUGAAUUUUUGCACUCAAAAAUUAUUGACAGCUUAAGUGAUUAGUUUGUUUGUUUACACAGACUGAUUUUGUCCCUUAACAUUUACAAGAACUAAAACACAAAAAUCGAAACCCACUAUUGUAUUUUUGUUUUAAUUUGCUAAAAUGCACCGAUCAGGCGUAAUAUUCAGACCACCUGCCUAAUAUGCUGUCAGAACAACUUUACUGACUACUGAUGGUGUCCUGUGGUAUCUGGUACCAGCUUGGUACCAUUACUGGCAGGUCCUUUGAACUUGUGUACAUUGUGAGGUGUCUGUACAGUGCAUUGUGGUGCAUUUCUUCCCUUAGGUAAAUGAUGCACGUGCCAUCCACAUGAUCUUGGAAAAAGCAGGAUUUGUCAGAACAGUUGACCUUCUUGCGUGUCCAGUUACUGUCUAGUUCUGAUACCUGCGUAUCUAUUGUGAAGCUUUAGCAUGGGAACUCUGACUUGCCUGUGACUGUGCAACCCCGAACAUGCACUGUGUGUUGUGAUACAUUCAUCUAAUCACCAGUAUUACAGUGAUCUGCAGUUGAAACCACAGUAGAUCUUCUACCAGCAUCAUGUCCUCUGGCAUAAAUGAGUCUUGGCUGCCCAAAAAUCUGUCUCAAUUUGUGGCUUGUCUCUAUUUGUGGCUUGUCUUUUCUCUGUACUUGUUGCUAUUUUAAAGAUUAUUUAAUCCAGUCGUCUGGUCAAAACGAUUUGGCCCUCAUCAAAAUCACUCAGGUCUUUUUGCAAACAGGAAUUGCCUUUUUGGACGGCAGUCCUAAUGUUUGUUUCAGAGAUUGUAAGGAGUCUUCAUGAUAUUUCUCCAAAGGAGCUGUGAUUAUAUAUUUAAGUCAAUCGAUCUGCAGCAUCACCAACUGUCUACACUUUGCACUCUAUGUUUAUGAACCUAGACCUGGUCCAGCAGUAUAAUACAGAACUGAAGUAUUUACCAAAAGCAAAUAACGAAGCUUUGCAAAAAUGUAAUCGAAACCAAUGAAGAGACAAUUACUGGUGCAUCAUCGUACUUGCACUAAACUUGUAUUUAUUAAUGUAUUUAUUUUUUUGUGGUCUGACUUUGUAUUAUUGAACUCUACACAAACUAUUUUGAUGCAUUUUUAAAUGAGAAAUGUUGUGCAAUUUUCAGGGUACUGAAUUCAGAAUGUUACAAUUCUGGUGGUUACUUCUGGCAUUUGUAAUACUUAAAACUGCUGUUUGUUACUAGCUUGAAGGAUGUGUGUACAUGGCUAAUGGUGUACAAUGUUUACAAUGACAUUUAUUGUAUUUUAUCUGUCAAACUGUCUAAAUGCUGCUCUUACUUGUGGAGUA